GAAUCGAAUCACGUGGUUGGUGUAUACAUGCUUGUUUUUUUUCAAUUUGUUACAUUUGACAUCGAUAAUUCAAAAUGGUUGAUGGUUUUCAAAUUGGCAGUCUAACCGAUCUGGUUGAACGUAAAGAAAGGACUAUGAAAACUAAAUUAUCACCAUUCAUGAAAGCCAAAAAGAUUGUGAUGAAGAAUAAGAAAAAAUCCAUGUUGAUGAAUAAGAAUAAAAAAUUUGUCGUCUUGAAAAAUGAAUCAUCAAUAAUGAAGAAUAAAAAGAAAGGCAAAAAACUUACGACAACAAUCGAACCAAUAGAAGAUGAAGAAGAAGCAGAUGAUUCUCUUGUUGUUGAUCCAGAAAUUGAUGCUGCAGAUAACAGCGACGAUGAUGAUGAUGAUGAUGAUGUUGAACAAUCGAAGAAUUCGUCGACAAAUAAAUCCGAACAAGAUUCAUCGGGAAAACAGUUGCGUACAUUGUUCAUCGGUAAUCUUCCGGCUAAUUUUCCAAUGAAAAAUCUGAAAAAAAUCCUACAACAAUAUGGUAAAGUUAUAAGCAUUCGAAUUCGUUGUGUAGCACCGGCCAAGAUUACAUUAUCGAAAAAGUAGCAUAUCUUUCGUAAUAAUCAGGUUAAUCCAAAUAAAAAUACAGUUAAUGCAUAUGUUUUAUUUAAACAACCAGAAGCCGUAAAAAAUGCAUUGGAAUUAAAUGGAACAAAAUUUGAAGAACAUACCAUUCAGGUUGAUACAUUGGAAAAUGAUCGCCAUUAUGAUCAUUCAAUGUCAUUAUUUUUGGGAAAUUUAUCAUUCAAAACAAAUGAAGAUGAAUUACGUGAAUUUUUCAUUGAAUGUGGUGAAAUCAAAUCCGUACGUAUUGUACGUGAUCCAAAAACAGGAAUGGGCAAAGGAUUUGGUUAUGUCAAUUUCAAAACCAAAGAUUCCGUUGUAUUAGCAAUGGAAAAAAAUGGUCAAAUGUUCAAGAAUCGUGAAAUUCGUAUUAAACCAUAUAAAUAUAAUGAAGAAUCAUCAUCAUCAUCGUCAAAAACAAAAAAGGCAGAUAAAAUCAAAAAUAAAGUGACAAAAAAACAACAUAAAUCAUCAUCAGAUGGUUUUCAAGGUGAAUUGGCUAUUAAAAAAUCAAAAAAAUUGAUGAAAAAAUCAAUGAAAAAUCGUUUGAAUGCAUCAAAGAUUAAAAAACAAAAGAAACAGAUUGCACAGAUUAUGAAUAAGAAAUGAUGAAUUGUUUUUUUUCAAAUUAUUAAAAAAAAAAUUUUUUCAUUAUCAAUAAAAAUAUCAGACAGAC